AGGCUGCUUUCUUACUCCUCGUCCCCCGGAACAACUUGGCAAAGCAUUCAUCCCCACACCCCCUUCCUUUCAUAGGGGCGCCAUGCCUGGCUACCCUUGAACAAAACCCUCUCUAUUAUGUUCUUUUGACAACACCAGUAACAUGUCUCCCGGAUCGAUAUUUGCUCUUCAAACAUGUUUCCAAUCAGAGUCGGUUGUUUGCAGGUUACUAUGUCUUGUUUAAAAGCCAUUGCAUUUAAAUUCGCACUACGAUAUUAAGGAUCCUCGGCUGUUAUUGCCACUUUUACCAAUCAAGCAUGUUUCGUAUAUAUGGUAUCUUCUAUUGCUCAUCAAGUAUUUGUUGUUAACAUCGGGUCAGCAGGAUAGUCGCUUCCCUGGGCAGGAGAUCGAGUAACGUUGUUUUGGGAAAUUAUAAGUUAUAAUCUCAAUAGAUAAACAACAUUAUGGGAUUCAUCGCAAAGCGUUCAUUAAUUUGAAUCUUCGAUGAAAUGGACAUUUUAAUCGAGAUUAAUCAUCUUCAUCGUUCAUCUUUUCGUGCGACUUGUCUGGAAUUCUUUUCGUUUCUUCUCGCUGCCCAGUAGUACGCGUGUGGUUGCUACGGAUCCAAGGACCGUAAAUUUGUUCAAGUCAAGAUUAGUGUGAAUACUAAUCUUAAUAUUUUUUAAAUGCACGAGAUGAAUUACACAUGAGUGAUAUUCUUGCAUGUUCCUAAAAGAUUGUUGCAUAUAUAAUAAAGGCAUCUCGUUAUGUUAUAUACUCUGUUAUAGUUUUAAGUGGCUAUCUGCGUUUUAUCGGAUUACUUUCUGUACAAUGGGAAUUACGUGCAGCUGAUGUAUGAAGUGGACCGCGUUCGCCCCCAUUGACAAAAUGUUAAAAGAUGAACAGUUCAUUCUACAUGCAUGCUCAUGUUUUUAAUUAAGGCAGUGUACCAUCCUACGAUCCAGUAUCCAAACAUUCAAUUUUGUAAUUUUCCUUAACUUCAAACCUUACACUCUAUCCUGCCUGACGUCUCUUUUUGGUGACAUCAACGCCAGUGGCCUAUAACCCUUGAGGUCAGUAAGGUGAUCUCUAUACCAAAACGUACGUGAUUCAGUCCUAUCCUUGGGCAUAACGUUGUGCAAACUGUUUCAGGAGAAUCCGUAACAACACAAUGGUAAAAAUGCUUCUGAAAAUGGAUUAAGCGAGUAGCCUAUUAUGUCUAGUGAGGUAUAACCGCUCUUAGAUACUCUAUCUAAUGUAAGGAUUGUGCGUCAUUCUGAAAACAUGAAUAACUACAUGUAUGAAUGAAUCCAAGAAUCUCGCAGAAAGGCCCAAGUCUGACCGAGACUGUUUCAUGAAGGUUUCAUGUAGACUCGAUCAAGAUGGAUAAUUCCAGGACAACACUGAAUAUAGAUUCCUAAUGAGAUGACUUAUACACACUGUGUCACAUAUUUCGUUUUGUGAAUUGAUGCGAUGACCAAGAUGGCUGCGAGUGACCAGGAGUCCAGGUGACACUGAGGGUGUACCAAUAUGGCGACCAAAACUGCCGUGGAUCCUGCCAUGAUACAACACAUGCUCAAAGUAGCAUUGCAAGGCGGUGGGCAAGUGAAAUGGAAGCCGACAGAAAAGAAACGUCCGCACCACUCGUCAUCCAUCCAACUUCCGGCAGUCUACGAAACAUGGAAGGAGCCCUCUCGCGUUAAUAGGCGGAGAACGCAAGCUGCUGCAGCAGUUGCCGCCGAGGCGAGACGGUCUUCGAGAAGUGUGCCGACUAUCUCAAGAAGAAGCAAGACAGAAAGUCCGGAACGGGUUUCAAACUCCGCCCCUUCUUCCAAACCACUCCCUAGCAACCACGACAGACACAACUCGGAUUUAACAUCUAAGAAAACCGUCACCCCAUCCCGGCUUCCAAAAAUUAACACGCUGGUUGCAGGAGCUCCCGAGUCCAACUCAUCUGCCGACUCUCCUACGCAAACGCAAAAGCACAGCAAGCCGAAAGAUGCAGGCCAUAAAACACCAUCUCCGUUUUCUCCUAAGGAACAGAAAACCGAUGACGUGACAGUUCAUUCAAAAGGAGAUAGGUUGAAUGGCCGUGUGGAAGAAAACAACAACGUGUUGUCGAAAGUUGGUAAAGAGAAGACACACCCCAAAAAGCUUCCAACUGAUAGUAAACCUCACCUUGAAAAGAAAGACAAUGUUAUUUCCGUGCCAAAGGAUGGACCCAGUGUACGGUUAAAGGCUUCAAAUCCAAGCGAGAAAAAGACUGAACAUAAAGAUGAAAAGGUUUUGAGCAAAACCAAAGAUAUCCCGGAUGAAGGGACGGGAGACCAUCAAAUGACGAAUAGAACUAAGGAUGAUUAUAUUGUAAAUAUUUCUGACAAAAGUGAACAGAUUUUAAAUGACCUUCCAAAGAAAACAUUAGAGAGAACCAAGACUGAUAAGAAGACAACUCUUAGCCAUACAUCUGUAGCGAAAGCCCGCCAAAGUAAAACCACGCAUAAAUCUACUGACGAGGGUAAAACAAGAACGAUAAAAAACGAGACUGUCAUGGACAGAUCGCACCCAAAAGAGCGACCUCAAACAAAUCUCACGAAUCAAAGAGUUGCGGACGUCAAUAGUCCGUCGAAGGCCCCGCCGUCGAGAGCGACGCAUAGCAGGAUUGGGACUGGCUUCAGUCAUGUCAGUAGCAGAGUGAAUCCGCGAUCGAGGUCCAAUCAGUUUCGUUCGAAGCCAUUGUUGCAGCGACGUCAUACGAAAACCGGUUUCUUCACAUCCAGCGGCGAAUUCGUGACGAACGACGAGGAAGGAAAACAGAGCGAAGUCAGUGUCGAGACAUCGCGCACCAAACGGACAGACGCAUCGACGGCAACGCUGAAAAGCAACGUCAGUGGCUCGACGACGUCGGCGAUAUCGACGACCAGCAGUGAAAAUUCGACGAAACCUCUACGCCGACGUCCGGUCAUCAUUACGAAGAAGACGUUAGCCAGGCAGAAGUUUUACAACUCGGUGUAUAACAACCAACAUUAUAAGAUUCAACGACAGACCGCAUUCCUGAAGAAGGUCGAAAAUGCUCAACUGAAGGUUGAUGAUGAAAAAAAUCGAGAAUAUAUAGAUACAAAGAAGAAGAAGCACGAGAGUGUUGUGAGACAAUACCAGACGUUGAAACGAAUACGAGAUAAAUUUGACGAGGAACAAGUGAAGAGAUUUUCCCGCCAAUACGUCUCCUGGCGAAGCGUCGAAGAAGAUCGCCUGAACAGACAGAGCUCGCAAUAUGGGUUACCAGAUAACAUCUACGAAGAUAGAUACGACAAGACCUUGAAAGAGAUUCCAAAGCUGACGAAACCCAAGUCCAAAUCCAACCUGAAAUCCGACAAGAAGUUUUCCCGCUUCGCCCGGUGGGUGCAGAACAUCCGGCGAUUUGAGCGCAUCCUGAAACCGAACAUUGGAGCAGGUUUAGAGGAGUCGAUGCUUCGCUCCACCAAAGGGGCUCUCGUAGAAGGGAAAGAUAUUGUGGAGCUCCACCAGUCAAGGGAUGAUUCUUCCGAGAAAGGAGGACAAGGCCAGAUAAGAACAAAGAAAAUAGUGAAAGUGAGAAACGUUAUCGGAUCAGCGAAACGACUUUUACAAGCAACUCAGGAUAUGGACGCAAUCAGUGAAGUAUCUGACGAGAAUGACGAUGGUGGCGACGAUGACUUCAGUGACGUUUCGUCUUUAGACCUAAGUGAUGACGACGAAUAAAGAACUAAAUAAAUCAGCGAACUCAUACUCUCAUCAGAACUCUGAUUUAUUGGAAGGGAAAGAGUGCGCCGGUGGGGGUGGGGUCAGUAUUGAAGUCAUUAUGAUAUUAUUUAUUUCUUCAAUCUUUUAAUAAACAAUGACAAUUAUUAGGAAAUCUAGUUAUUUUCAUACAUCUGUUCCGACAUGAAUAAUCUGAUUUCGUGAGUCGUUUAAUACGAUUGUUGCCUAUAUGUUAUCUAAGAAAAUGAGAACAAAUACAAUUUUCAAUAAUCUAUCAGGUAUUCAAAAAUUUAAGAAGUUGCUAUCACUCCUUCAAGUUUAUCUCCACUUUCAUUUCCCGAUUGUGAAUCUUUUUAGGUAAAUACUCCAAAAUAUGCAAUUGCGUUUGAAAUUCUAUAGUUGAAUUGCAUUAUCUAAAACGUUUGUAUGAUAUUGAUAGAUUUUAUGCAAUCUUCGACAACAUUUUUAGAGCGUAUACAUUUUCUUAUCGAUAUUCAACUCAGGUAUAUUUGACUUCUUCCAAUUUUCUGGAAAAUCUACAAUCGUAUAUUUCACAAAUGACAAAGGCCGUCGUGCAAGAUGGCGAAUCAUUGAAUAAGUGUGUAUAAGAAAGCUAAAUCUUUUGGAAACCAAUUUCUGGUUUGAUUUAGUCACGCGAAUUAAUUUUGGUUACUUUACUUCUCUCUAUUGAAAAUGAUUAAAUUAAAGUCUUUAAAUUUUUUUUAAACAUUUAACAAAAAUCCCUACUCAAUCAUUAAUCUUUUAAAUAUUGUCAAGCAGGGUUUAUCCAGAAACAAAAUGGGCAUUAGUACAAUUAGUUUGAUUUAAAGAUAGCCGAGGUAGAAUGUUAUUUUUGUUUUCAGUUUUUUUUGUCAACCAUGUUCUGAUAAAACACUGGUUAAGCCAGUUUAAUUCAGACAUCGAAACGUACUGUGACAUCGUUAACGACAUAAUUAGGCAUAUAUCGGUGCCGAUUCUUUUCAGUUGAAAAAUAGAAGUGGAAGAAAACUCCUUUCAUUUCUGGUGGUUACAGCCACUGAUAAAAUCAUAGCUGCGUUAUUUUGACAAUCGAAUGAAAUGAUUUACACUGUAAAAACUGGAGCCGUUUCAUAAAGCUGUUUAGAGUGACUUUAAGAACGACGGGUGAUCCUUUCUUACGCGCUAAACCAUCGCCAAUGAAUGCCAUUUAUCACAAGAAAGGAUACCAGUCCUUCUUAAAGUCGCUCUUAACUUACGAACAACUUAUGAAACACCCACCAGGUGUGUGUUUCAUGUGUUUCAAAAAGCUGUUUGUAAAGUUACGCACAACUUUACGCACGACUGGAACAUGAUCUUAGGUGGUAAGUGAGCUACAUAGGGAUAGUGUGGCACACUGGCGGGUCCAGGGGGGGGGGGGGGGGGGGCACAGCCGGCCUGUGCCCUCCCCCCCUUUGAGAAGCUAAAUUAAAAUUUGUAAUGUAAAAAUGCUGUUGACGCAGAAGUGUGACCCCCCUUUUGAAAGUGAAGACCUUUUUUUCUUUUCUUUUUUUUUUGCUUGUCAAAUUUUUUUCUGGGACGAAUUAAAUCUCCUUAAUUUUUUGUUAAAAACCUGUUUGGGGUUAAACAUCCUGGAUCUGCCCCUGGUGUGGCACAAGAAAGGUCACCAGUCGUGCAUAACUUUAUGAAACACCCAUCUGGGUGUUAAAACUGACACCAGUUAGUGUCCCUAGAGGACCUCACCCUGAGGUGUUAAAAUUGCACCCUAGACUAGAGUUUGAAUACAACACCUAAGAGUGUCAAAGCAACUACAAAAAGUGUUACAAUAACACCCAUAUAGGUGUUGAACUGACACUAAAAAAGUCAGUCGGGGUGAUACGACUGGUGUAGUCCUCGAUGUACACCAAUUCAGCGACACAGUUUUUUGCUGUGUGUGAGUUAUAUUAUAAUAUUCAUGACUAUUUCUUAUCAUUCCUUUGUGUUAUCAAGUCGAAAUGUUUAUUCUUCCGUCCUUUAGAACUGAAAUUAAUGAAACCAAUUGCAAAUUGGAUAUUUUAAAAAUUAUGUUUAUGAUUAUGACUAUGUCCAAUGAUUUUGUUUAUUUUAUAUGUAACACCUUGAGUAAUGAUUCAUCAGAAAGUAAGCAUUAUAAAUACUAAUUAUUAUUAUUCUUGUAUUUUUUUUAUUUAUGAUAAUUGGUAUGAUUAAGCAGAAUAAUUUAUCUUGCCAUUGCAUUUACAACUGAUUGUGGGUGUCUAAUUAAUUUUUUUGCUUUAGCUGCAUUUUAGGAGGUCAAAUUUGUGUAUGUUUUUAAACUUAUUCAUACUCCUCUCAAUAUUUUGUUUAUUAUUAUAAAUACACGAUUCUACAUCUUGUAAUUAAAUUGAAAAUUUAUCCAAAGAAUUAUAAUUAUUUAAGUACUCUCCUGCAAUUUCAAUUCUUCGGUGCCAUCUUCAAAUUGUAUAUAUCUAUUUUCCUGCAAACAAUGUUUUUAUUAAGUUAUUAGAACAGCAGUUUUGUAAUGGUGAAAGGCACUGGCGUACAGAUGGGGGAGGCACUUGCCCCCUAAAAAAAAAAGAAUGUUUCACCCGUCAAAAAAAACGACAGGUAAAUGAUAAAAAAGUAAAUGGUUUUCUGGAUAUCAUUUUUAAAAAAUCUGUAAAAAAAUUAGAAUUUUGAUUAAAAUGAUCAAUUUUCUGCCCGCUUGCUUUGCUCGCGACUAUUCAGAGAUUCCUCCGUAUGCCAUGAUGUGCCCAUCAAAAUAUUUGACUUGAUAUGCCAGUGAUGAAAGAGAGAAAAGCCUUAUAACUUUAUCAGUAGUGUAACCAGUGUAAGGUAACACUGUUAAAUCAGCAUUUCCGGCUUGAGUGACGUUACUUAUUUUUCAUUUAUCAUUAUUUUUUUUUUGGGGGGGGGGGAGGGGAGUUGGGAACUUGUCUCGAAACGACAUCACAUUCCGAUACUUAUACGUCAACAUGGUUUAUGUUUAUACAUGCGUAUUGUGUUAUAUAUUAGAUGUAGGUAUUAUAUUUCUUUGGAGAUUCAGAUCAUUCAGUGUUCAUAUUUGUGGCAAAAUUAAAUGAAUUUUAUGAAACAUUCGAAA